GCAGUGACCAAGCUGGAGUGGCAGUCGCCGCUGGCGGUGCUGCGGUACCCCGACCCGCGCCUGCGCGCCCCCAACGCACGCAUCGGCGCCUUUGACGACAGCCUGCGCAGGCUGGCUGAGGAGAUGUUCGAGGUCAUGUACGAGGACGACGGCGUGGGCCUGGCUGCGCCCCAGGUGGGCGUCAACGUGCGGCUCAUGGUGUUCAACGAGGCGGGGGAGAAGGGGGCGGGGGACGAGAUCGUGCUGGUCAACCCCCAGAUCAUCAACCAGGGCAAGGCCAGGAACAUGUUUGAGGAGGGGUGCCUGUCCUUUCCAAACAUCUACGCUGACGUGGAGCGCCCAUCCAAGGUCAAGGUCAAGGCGCAGGAUCUGAGCGGCAAGAAGUUCACUGUCAGCCUCAUCGGCUUCCCCGCCCGCAUCUUCCAGCACGAGUAUGACCAUCUGGAUGGACGCCUGUUCCACGACAGAAUGGCGCCAGAGGUGGUGGCGGGGGUGCGGCAGCAGGUG